CACAGAGAAUGCAUUGCCAAUAGCAUAUUGCGUGCGUCAUGCGUACCUUUUAUAAUACACGGCGAUAAAUUAUUCAGUGAUUAAUCUUUCACUGCCGAAUAAGCAUUUUCCCGCCUUUCCAUUUCGCCUUCAGCGAAUCAUCGUUGGCGUCAGACACGCAGUGUUGGGCAAGCGAGUUGGAAAUCGCAUCACUGUUCUGUGUAAUAAACGGGAUACAAUAGAAUAAUCUAGAUGUGUCAGCAAAAAUGCUUGGUAUAAUAGUAGCUGGACGACUCGUCCAAACUGACUUUCAACAAGUUGGUGAGAAUCAAUUCUUGAUUACUAUACCUGAUGCUGACAAUAUAAACCAUAUAGUGGUGUUUCUGACUGGUAUUAUUCCUUUUCUAGAUGGUAUGGGAGGUGCAGUAUACUUUAGUUGGCCAGAUCCAAAUGCACCACCUAAUUGGCAAUUUCUUGGAUAUAUUUCCAAUUCUAAGCCAUCGGCCAUCUUCAAGAUAUCGAAUUUGAAGAAAAAUCAUGAAUUUGUGAAUAGCAAUUUAGGGAUUUUUGGGGUUGGUAAGAUUUCACAUUUUGCACAGAUCGGUGUGUCAGUUGAACCAUUGAUAGUGAUUGAGCAACAGAUAGCUGCCGUUGCUGCAACUACAACUAAUUCUUUCAUGGAAUUCGUACAAAAGAUGUUGACAAGUUUUGUGAAUUAUGUAACCAGUUUUACAGUGACACAAGCGCAAAUGACACCAAAUCCUACUGAGAACUUUGUGCCUUUGUCUACUUUACAGGGCUGGUAUGAGACCUUUGAGAGGCGGUUACAGCAGAAUCCUAAUUUUUGGAAGUCGUGA